AUGCAAAACAGAUCUAUCCACAAUAUACCUACAAAGGCACAUAACAUAUCUAAAGUGUCACAUGCAAACAUGCAAAACAGAUCUAUCCACAAUAUACCUACAAAGGCACAUAACAUAUCUAAAGUGUCACAUGCAAACAUGCAAAACAGAUCUAACAACAAUAUACCUACAAAGGCACAUAACAUAUCUAAAGUGUCACAUGCAAACAUGCAAACCAUAUCUAUCCACAAUAUACCUACAAAGGCACAUAACAUAUCUAAAGUGUCACAUGCAAACAUGCAAAACAUAUCUAUCCACAAUAUACCUACAAAGGCACAUAACAUAUCUAAAGUGUCACAGGCAAACAUGAAAAACACAUCUAUCCACAAUAUACCCACAAAGGCACAUAACAUAUCUAAAAGUGUCACAUGCAAACAUGCAAAACAGAUCUAUCCACAAUAUACCUACAAAGGCACAUAA